AUGAAUCAAGAAAAGAAACCGACUAUCCAAAUCAGUGUCAUGUUUCCAGAUUUGACAAAGAUGAAGCAAAUUAGGAAGGAAUUACCCAACAAGUCAGUGAAGAGCUUUGUUCGUAAAUACGGAAAAAUCCUUGACUUACUUAGUGAGAAUGUGAAAAUAGAUGCUAUUACUGCCCUUAUCCAGUUUUAUGAUGUGCCAUUGAGAUGUUUUACUUUUCAAAACUUUCAACUAGCGCCUACAUUGGAAGAAUUUGAUAGGAUUUUGGGAUUCUCCAAAAUCAAAGAGGAUGUCUAUGUGGGAAUUGGUCAAACUACUAAGGUUGAGGAUUUAGCUAAGGCAUUGGGAAUAUCGUAUACUAAUUUUGUGCCUAAUUAUAAAGCAAAGGGAAAAGUUCAAGGAGUAAAAGGACAAUAUUUGGAAGAUAUGGCUCUCGCCUUUGCAAAAGAAAAAGAAUGGGAGGCUUGUGAGGAUUGCUUGGCGUUGUUGAUUUUUGGAUUGGUUCUUUUUCCAAAUGAUGCUGAUUAUGUUGACCCCGCCGCCAUCAACGUAUUUUGGGCUGUAAAAGUGUUGAACGUAGAUCCUACUCCAACUUUGCUGGCUGACGUGUAUUAUGCCAUCAAUGCACGUUAUGAAAAGGGAAGAGGUGCACUACGCUGUUGCAUUCCUUUGUUAUUUUCUUGGUUCAUGUCUCAUCUUUAUAAGGAUGAUUAUUUGAUUCCGAACUUGGAUAAACAUGGAUGGGCUCAAAAAUUGAGGGCUCUUAAUGCUGAUUCUAUAUUGUGGUAUGCUAGAAGGUUAGAUAUCAGAAAAAUUGCUUAUAAAUGUGGAACAUUUCCUAAUAUACCGUUGAUUGGAACAAGGGGGUGUAUCAACUAUAACCCCUCUUUGGCUUUACGUCAACUUGGGCAUCCUUUAGAAGAUAAACCUUCCGAAGAAGAGUUGAAACAGUUGUUGCUUCAUGACAUGGGUAAAAAGGAUCCAAAGCUACUUCAGAGUAUCAUUCGAGCUUGGGGCAAAGUGCAUAAAAAAGAGUAUAGUAAGAAUAAUGUUGUGGCCAGAGAAGCCUAUACUCAGUGGGUUAUAAACAGGGUCCAAAUCAACAAGUUACCAUUUGAUAUUGAUCCGGCAUAUAAGUCAGAUGUACCAGACCCGCUUCCUAUGUCAAUGGAAGAAGUGGAAGAACUGAAAGCCUCCCUUGAAAAAGCUCAGAGAGAAAAAGAGGGACUAGAGCAUGAUCUCUAUGACCUUAAUUACAAGAAAAAUCAACUACAAUACGAGCUUAAGAAGAAAGAAGAACAAAUUCAAAAAAAUAACGAGCAGGUGGACAAAGAGAGACUCAAAAGGAAGCGGACAACUGAUGGAUUCAUAAGUGCAAACUUUAACCUCGAUUCCCACAAUCAACAAAUAAAAGAUGCUAAUUUGGCGAAUGAAAGACUAAGGGGUUGGUAUACCCAAGCAUUGAAAGACAAGAGGAAAAUUGAAAUAGAUCUAGAAGCACAAAUCCAAGAGUUGGUUGGCAAAGCUCGAGAGCAAGAGGAUAAAAUCCAAGACCUCGCCACUAGACUUCGCGAAAGCCAAGAAUCUGAGAUGGGGGAACAGGUCUAUAGAAUGGAAAUUGAAGGGCGUUUUACCCAACAAAUGAAAAAUUAUGAAGAAGUGGUUUAA